UGGAUACAUAACUGUUUCCCUUUUCUCUGUCCUUAGAUCUCACUCUUCUUAUUUUUAUUUUUCUAUUUUUCAAUCUCUGAUUCCACCGAGCUUGAAAAUGGCGAGUCUUCACAGAUUCAAGCUUCUGGCAACUCAGUGCGCCGUCGCCUCCAGCCCGGGUCGUAGUCCUACAACCAGCCCCGUUGUCCAUCUCCACCGUCGCAAAACCCUUCGCAUGCUCCUCAACCGCUCUUCCGCCACCGGUCGCCGUCGUUGUUACCGAGAUCACGAAGAAAGCAACUUCGAUCUUCCUCCUCCACCUCCUGCUACGCCAACUACCUCCAAGUCCGACAGCAAUAAAAAACCCAACGGGAAAAAAGGCAGGCGAAAAUUAAAGGAACUCUUCGUGGCGUCGCCGCCGUUUGAAGAAAGAAAGGGUAACGGUAAAAGCUGUGAAGAAAAAAACGAAGAUCUGUUACCGGUUACCGUUGGUUCAGGUGAAGUACUUUCAAGUCGGGGCUCCGGUUCCGUGAGAACUGUAACGGCGUCGUUCCGGUACAGGUUAUUAAGGAGAGCUUGGCGACCGAUGCUGGUCACUAUUUCAGAGUAAAAUUAAACUACAUAUUAUAUAAAUUUAAAAAUUUUGAAUUGAAAACUAAUAU